UGUGACUGCGCGCCCACGCGAUCCGCCAGGCAGAUGCGGAGAAAGCGAGAGAGGAAAGGCGAAGCAUCACUUUAACUUAAUUGAACUUUAUCUCCCGAACACUGGGACUCUUGCCGGGCGUAUUUUAUUACACACCCAGGACUGACAAUCAUUUGAACGAACGAGGUUUUUUUUGUGUUGGAGUCCCGUUUGACCAUGGAUUCAGUCGCACCUGGGAAAAAAAGAGUGAGUUCAGAGCGAAGGAAGGAGAAAUCCAGAGAUGCGGCACGUUGUCGGAGAGGAAAAGAGUCAGAGGUGUUUUAUGACCUGGCCAGAGAACUGCCCCUCCCCCACAGUGUGACCUCUAACCUGGAUAAAGCAUCAGUAAUGAGACUCGCACUCAGUUACCUGCGCCUGCGUAAACUACUGAACACAGAGGUACUGAAUGUGGAGUCGGAAUUAGAUUCUCAAUGGAACAGUUCAUAUAUGAAAGCUCUGGAUGGGUUUCUCAUGGUUCUUUCUGCUGAUGGCGACAUCGUCUACCUGUCAGAAAAUGUCAGCAAGUGUCUGGGCCUUCCUCAGAUUGACCUCACUGGACACAAUGUGUUUGAGUUUACUCAUCCAUGUGACCAUGAGGAGCUCAGAGAAAUGCUGGCACACAGGACUGGUCUGUCUAAGAAAGUGAAAGAGCAGCACACAAACAGAAGCUUUCUAUUGAGGAUGAAAUGUACACUGACCAGUAGAGGGCGCACUGUCAAUGUCAAAUCUGCCUCCUGGAAGGUGUUGCGCUGUUCGGGCCAUAUCCACACAACAGAUGGCAUCAAGAAGGGUGUGUGUGAGGAAAAAAAUGUGUGUUCAACGUACCUGGUGCUUAUCUGUGAGUCUAUUCCCCACCCGACGAACAUUGAGGCUCCUCUGGAUUCUAGAACAUUUCUCAGCCGCCACACUUUAGAUAUGCGCUUCACCUACUGCGAUGAGAGGAUCACAGAGCUGUUGGGUUUCGAGCCAGUGGAUCUGUUGCAGCAUUCUGUGUAUGAAUACUAUCACGCGCUGGAUUCUGACCACAUGACCAAAACACACCACAACCUGUUUAUAAAGGGACAAGUGUGCACUGGACAGUACCGGCUCCUUGCUAAAGCAGGAGGGUUUGCUUGGGCAGAGACUCAAGCCACUGUGAUCUAUAACAGUAAAAACUCCCAGCCGCAGUGUGUGGUCUGCAUUAACUACAUCCUCAGUGGCAUUGAACAGCCCAAACAAAUCCUGUCCCUUCAGCAAACCAACAGCACAAAAAUAAAACAGGAACAGGAAGAACACUAUGAGGAGUCACUCGGAACUGAAGUGAGUACGGAAGAGUUGAAAGAAGCGAUAAAGGCAAAUAAUGAGAAGAAAGAGGAGUGUGUGAGAGAGGAGCUACAUGACAGCCUGAAGGGGGAGCCAGAAGCACUGACUGUAGCAGACCCUGUCCUCGCUCUGGAUAUCACCAGCACAGAGUCUGCACUUUCUGUGUUGACAGAAAUACCUCUCUACAAUGACGUUAUGUUGCCCUCUUCAAGUGUCCUGCUACCUCUCUCACCCCUCUCUCCUACCUGCUCCUCCCUAAAUGAUGAUGAUCCCUCCACAGCCCAUCUACAACCUGACGACUUCCAAAUCCCACAAUCUUCGCCUCCUGAUCCUUCCAGAUCCCAGGUCAAUCUCCCUUUGGAUUCAGAAUUAAGCGAACAGCUAAAACCGGAUCACGUGGAGAGACUAUUUUCCAUGGAUAUAGAUUCCAAGACACCCUUUAAUACACAGGGAGUGGGUUUGGAUCUGGAGAUGUUAGCUCCAUACAUUCACAUGGAAGAUGAUUACCAGCUGCGGACUGCUUCUCCAGCUGAGUCAAUGUGUUCCAGCCCGGGUUCAGCGCUUGAACUGACCCCCUCCAGCAGCACACAACCUGCCCCUGCUCUCCCAGCAGCCCCUCUAGACUUAGUGUCCAGUGACACUGUUCCACAGAACACUAGAACCACAAAGCAGGACAACAGCAGGGAAAUUAUUCAAGACAGUGAUAUUUCUUCCAAAUGUCAGACCAACCCAAAGCUACUCAAGAGAAAACUGGAGACCAUACCUCUGUCUGAAGCAAUAAGGCUUGGUUCUGUGCUGCAGGUGGUGACUGAUUUUCCAGAGAAAAAGGUCAGAAAAUCAGACGCUUCAUCAUCAGAAGGGAUUCGUCAUGCCACGAUACUGUUGCUGCCAUCUGAUGUUGCGAGUAGGUUAUUGAGCAGAUCAUCAGAGGGUGGAGCCGUAACGAUGCCCCUCCCCCAGCUUACCCGUUAUGACUGUGAGGUUAAUGUGCCUGUGACUGGGCGGCAGCACCUGCUACAGGGGGAGGAGCUACUGUGUGCCUUGGACCUACUUAUUUAAUUAAGCCAUACUUAUGUUUUCCCAUGAUUAGGGAGAGAUCAGUGGCAUUAUGGAUUAACUUCCAUUACAAAGAAACACUGGUGAGCAAUCAAAACAGCCGGGAUGCUUCUGCUUCUAAAGAGUCGAUGGUAGAUACAAGCUGGACAUCAAAAUGCAAAAAAAAAAAAAUAUAUAUAUAUAUACAUAUAUAUAUAUAUAUAUAUAUAUAUAAAACUAAUAAAUAAUAAUAAAUGAGGGUAAAACAGAAUGUGUAGAGCAGUUAUGAGCUGUGCUCUUCCAGGUUAGAUAUACGCACAGAGAAGAGAAUAUAUAUAUUCUAUUCUAUAUAAGAUUGUGUUGUGUAACAACUGCAAAUAUUAUUCUUGCACAAAUGACAUGAAUUUACCUGCAGCUUUCAGAAAAUGUUAUUUUAUUAGCACUGCUGUUUUUAUAAUUACUUUCAAGGUAUGUCUAAAUGUUUUCUUUGUUCAGGUCUCUAUGUGUCUCACAUGAAAACGUGGAUGUAAAUGAGUGUAAAUGUUGUGAAAUGUCUAAAGUGGCUGUUAUUUUAAUCCGUUUGAUAUAGUAUACAGCAUUUUAGAGUAGUAAGCAUUUGGUAGAGUGAUCCACACUGCUAAAACUACCUUAAUGUUGAAAUUAUUACUCACAGUUGUUAUUAUUAUUGCUAGAGAUUUCUACUUAGUUAAAUCUCUGAAUAUAUCUAGGGCAUUAACAAGUUAAAUGUUCUCUUGUGUUCUCUAUACGAUUCCUGUGUUAUGUUAACAGUGGCAUAUAGGAUGCAUAAGAUAUGGUACAAUGCUUAGUGUGUGAGCUGUGUGUUUCUCAUGUUCUCCUUCAUCGUGUCACAUUGUCUUCAGGACAACUGUAGUGUCUGUGACGAAUAAAAAAGUUUUUCAACAA